UGAUACAAGUGUCUAAAUUAGGGUUUUAACGAUAACAGUGAAAAUUGGACAAUGUUUCGAAACUUUCAUACAUAGUCUGAUAAGAAAUCUAGAGCAAUUACAUCGCUGGGAGUUAAAUAUCAAUAGAACCAUAGAAUACACAUGAAUCAUGUAUUAUUUGCAGAAACACGGCCACGGCCUGUUGAGGACAGAUUUCUCAUUUUGAUAUAAAAAUUCCAUAAAUUGAACUAGAUUCAUUGCCACAAGCUUUGCAAACAAUCUGUUAUUGUUAUUAAUUAUUAAAUGAACGUAUCAUGUCAACAUUUAAAUUUGGAGCAUCAGGAAGUUGUCCUAUCUUGAGGACAAAAUUCGAUUUACAAUUUCAAAACGUCCACAGAGGUUAUGUUUCCGAGGAACUCAAGGCGGUUUCUUGAGUAAACUAUAUGUGCUUAACUUUGUUUUAACCCAGAAUACUACAUAAAUGAAGUAUUGUUCAGUCGCAUUCCCAUGUUUUUGCCUGUUAUCUUUCUUCGCUACCAAUAAUCCUCACUAAUGGCCAUGAAUGAGUCUGAAACUGAGGUACAUUUGGAGAACAUUCCUGUUGAGACUCACCACAACUUUGAUGAUCGGACCCCAGAAGUGGAGCACCCUGCUGUUAAUAAGAACAUAGAGAGCGUAGUUUUAACAAACACCUCUAAAAUUUCUGCUCUAACUGAGUUUGCAAAUGCAACUGUAGUAGGAGCUGAAAAAAAGGAUGUAUCUCCAAAAUCUGAUGAAAAAGAGACAUCUUCAAUGGAGCAAGUGCUUGUUCCUUCAACAAGCGAACCAGAAAUGGAAUUACAAAAUGAAGGUGAAGAUGAAGGAUUUAAAGGAUUUGAAUCAAUAGAUGAUAUAGAAAUUGAUGCUGAGCAAAUGCUUCAAAUUGUGAAUGUAAUUUCGCUCUGUGAACAUGAUGACAUUAUGAAUGCCAAUCAAAGUCAGCUCGAUGAGAUUAUCAAUGCUGAUCAGAGUCAGCUUGAGGAUAUCAUUGCAGAUCAGUGUCAGCUUCAUGAUAUUAUCAAAGAAGAGCCGUUUCAGCUUGAGGAUAAUAUGAAUGAAAAUCAGUGUAUGGAAAUGCAACAAGAUUUGCAGUGUGCUGACCUUUUAAGUGAUAUUUCAACAUUUGAUCAGCAGAAAAAUAAUGCUGCUGAAAAGCAGUCAACUGAUAAUACAUCUAAUUUGCACCAAAGUCACCGACUUGAAGGUUUAGAGUCAGUAUGUCACAAUGAACAUCAUGUCACUGAAGAACUGCAAUUAUUAUGUCAGCAAGGAGACAGUGUCACGGAAGAUCAAAGGCUUAUGGUAGCUGAAGCUAAUUUGCGGUAUGGCAUCCCAACAGUGGAGUAUGAAGUAGACCAUGAGGAGAGCCCUGUUGUAGAGCAACCAUACUUGUGCACGGAAUGCAGGCAACGUUUUUCUGAACAUGAUGAUCUGGAACAGCAUUUAUGGGAUCACAUAGCUGCAAUGACUGGGAAGCAUCCUCAUAAAUGUUCAAAGUGCCCAGGAAGAACAUUUUCAGAUAUGAAGCAACAUAAGCGGCAUCAUCAAAUGGGUCUUGAAUGUGAUAUUUGUGGAGAAGCAUUCCAUGAAGCCAUUAUUUUAGCACGUCAUAGAAUGGCAGCCCAUGCACGCUCUAAGGCCUACCCCUGCAAAAUGUGCAAAAUGACCUUUACUACGCGUGCGGAGCUUUCCCAACACAAAGAGCGCCACUCUAAAACCAAGGCAUUCUACUGCAAGAUGUGUAGUGAGUCAUUUCAAAGUGAGGUUGGUUUGAAUGUUCACAUGAAAACACACUCAGGAUCAUCAAAAAUUCGUAAUAUUGUCCGAGAGAAAGGCUCACCAAGUCAUACCUCUGCAACUAAGCCGCACUCUUGUGCACAUUGCAGACAGGACUUCAUUUCCCUUGAAAUAUUACAGAGUCAUGUAAAAUCAGAACACUCAUCAGCAUCAGGGAUUAAUCUAAUCUGUGAUGUUUGUCAAAAGAGUUUUUUGAAACUUGAGGAUCUUAAGAUGCACAAAACCACACAUUCUGAUCACAAACUGUAUAAGUGUGAGGAAUGUGAGGCGAGUUUUGCUCAAAAGCAAGUUUUGAAAGAACACACUCAAAAACACAGAGACGAACGUAAAUGUCAAUUUUGUGGUCAUAAUUCAUCGUCUUCCUCUAGGCUAGUCAAGCAUAUGAAAAAAAAUCACAGAGAUAAAAUCUUUGACUGUAAGCGUUGUACAAAAUGGUUUACUUCGAAAGAGGACCUUUUUGUACACACAGAGAAGGAGCAUAAAAAUCUGCAUAAGAAAGAGAAGUCAUAUUCAUCUGAUCUUUCCAAACAAGAAGGGAAAGACCGAAAAACAGUGCACACCAAAGAUGUUCUAGAAGAGGAAUCUUUAAGUGAAUCUCCUUGCACUACUGAGAUGUCACUAGAAGACCGUGAAGGUUCAUCAUCUCCAGACCACUCUGAUUCAGUAAGUUUAAAACAAGAGAAGUUACUUGAACCACCAACAAGAAAAGCACAUCCACCUAAUGAAUGCAGAGAAAAAAUGGGAGACUCCAAUGAAGUUCACUCACUGGAACCUUUAAAAAAGAAGCUAAAGGAAGACACUACAUUGUCAUCACUGGAGUCAUCAACUGAUACCAAUCAUUUAACCAAACACACACAUGAUGAUGUGAGAAAAUCUUCUGAGUCUCCUGAUGUAAGAUUAAUGGAAGAUCAAAAAUCUAAGUCCUCUGAUAGCUCAAAGGAGAGGCCCAAAGGAGACAAAAAGUCUGACUCAGAGUCAUCAAAGGAAAAGUCUCGUCAUAGCAAGCAAGAAUUAAAUGAGUCCUCCAAAGAAAAAUCCAGAGCUAGUAAAAAAACUGAAUCUGAUUCUUCUAGAGAUAGAUUAAAAGAUGAUGAAAAAUCUAGUGGUGGUAAAGAACAAUUUAAAGGAUUUAAAAUCCCUAAAAUAAGGAAGUCUAAAGAAGUUAACAAAACAUCCGAAUCAUCUGAUCAACCUGAAGAAAAGCCUGUGGAAGACAUGGGUCCUAUGUCAUAUGGAGACUUCAAAGACAAGUUCAGAGAUGAUAAAAAAUCAAAAUCAGAUGAACUUGCCCAGAAAGAGAAAAAAGCCUCAUUCCAGGAGUCUACCAAGCCCCCAUUGAACAAAAUACCAUUAUUAGCUACACCACCAAUUAAUAAGUUACCAUUGUUGCCAACACCUGUAUCAAAUAAAAUACCACUGUUGGCUACUCCUAAUAAUAUUUCAAGACCGGUUAAAAAGUCGAGAUGGGGUGAGCCUUUAAAAGAAGAUACUACAACAGUUUGGGCUGGGCCUUCAAGAGUGCAGUCUGCAGAAACAAACAGAUUUAAAACUAGUGAAUUGACAGACAGAUCAGCUGAAGACAAAAAAUCAUCUUGGCAUGAUUCUUCCAAAGACAGACAGCUUAAAAAAUCAAGAUGGGGGGAACCUCCAAAAGAUGAUGAGGUUAUUACGCCCUCUACCUCAGUAGAGAAAUCAAUGGAAGACAACAGACUGAAAACAAAUCCGUCCUUGACUGGUAAGUCAAAAGAGGAAAAUAAAUCAAAAGCUAAUUCACUGCCACCCGGGCAACCAGUUGAAGAUAACAGGUUUAGAUCAAAUCAGACACCAAUGCCUCUAGAAAGUAAUGCAUUAAAAUUGAAUGCUACUUCAUCUGGAAGAAUAUCAGAAGACAGCAGAUUUAAAUCAAAUUCAGCUUCUUUGGGGAGACACUCAGAUGACUAUAGAUCUAAGUCAAAUUCAACGGCAACCGGAAGACCUGUGGAAGAUUCUAGAUUUAAAUCAAAUCCAGCUCCCACAAUAAGGCCCACAGAAGACAGUAGAUUUAAGUCAAAUUCUGUGCCUUCUGGGAGACCAGUGGAGGAUUCUAGAUUUAAAUCAGAUUCGGCCCCCACAAUGAGGCCCACGGAAGACAGUAGAUUUAAGUCAAAUUCUGUGCCUUCUGGGAGACCAUUGGAGGAUUCUAGAUUUAAAUCAGAUCCGGCCCCCACAAUGAGGCCCACAGAAGAUGAUAGACUGAAAUCAAAUCCAGUGCCAACUGCGAGACUAAUGGAAGAUUCUAGAUUCAAUUCUAGUACAGUACCCACCAAACGACCCACAGAAGAUAAAAGAGUUAAACCAAAUCCAGUGCUGCCCGGGAGACCAAUAGAAGACACUAGAAUUAAGUCAAGUGUAGUACCCUCAGGAUGGCCACUGGAUGACAACAGACUUAAAUCAAAGCCAGCUUCAACAGAGAGACAUUUAGAAGAUAAAUUCAAAUCAAAUCCGGUAUCCACCAUGAGAAUUGAAGAUAAUUGCUUAAAAACAAGCUGGACAAGCACAACAGCAAUAGAAGGUAGCACAUUUAAAUCAACUGAGUACUUAGAGAAGCAGUACAAUGAUUUUGAACAAAUGAUAAAGCAAUCAAUGGAAAAAGUAGUUAUUGAUACAAAAUCAAUAUUCUUUAAUUCUUCAAAAGAUAAAUCAAGAGAAGAAAAACAGUCCAAAUGGGGUGAGACUGUAAGAGAUGGGGUCAGGGGAGAUUCUUCUUACAAAUCGCUAAUAGGUCCUGCAAGUAAAGAUUACAAGUCAGUUGAGGACGAAUCUUUACAAGAAGAUCAUGUAUCAAUAUAUUCUGGGUCUCCAAUGGACAUGUCCAUAGGAAAUGAUGAUUCAUCAAAUGAUAAUUCUGUUGAGGAAAUAAAAGAAGAUAGAGCAGAUAAUAAAGCAAGAGCUGAUAGUAAAGAUAGAGCAAUUAGAAAAGGUAGAGCAGAUAGUAAAGUAAAAGAAGAUAGUAAAGAGGAUCAAGACGAUGAAGGAUUGAUUUGGGGUGCAUCUUUUAUAAAAGAGAAUAAUUUUCAGUGGGGUAAAUCCUUUCUGGAGGAUCAAAAAUCAAUGCUGCUGGAAUCUCGAAACGAAAAGGCAGUAGAACCAAGUAAACCAUUAAAAACCGACGUCCCUCAAGGCAAGUCAAAAUCAGAUUUACCGUCAAAUAGGGGUAAAUCUUCCAAAGAAGAUAAGGCAGCAUGUUCUAAGUCAUUAAAAGAUAAGUCCUCUAAUCAAUUAAAAUCCCCUAAGACUUCUAUUGACAAUGCUCAAUCAUUGUAUCGUAAUUCUUCAAAAGAAAGCUCAAUUGAGGAUGCCCAACCAGUUUGGUUUGAUCCUGUGCAAGCGAGGCCAGUGGAAGAUACAUCAAUGUGGUAUAAUUCUGCUAAAGUUCAAGAGAUGCAAUCAAUGUGGUAUAAUGGUCCCCAAGGAAAGACAUCUGAAAGCAACAAACCAAUUUGGGCUAGCUCUUCAAGUGAGAGAACUGCCAUGGGAUAUGUAGCUCACUAUGAGACAGAAUGGGCUGAAUCUUCUACAAACAGCUCUAUUAAUCCAAUGUUUUAUGGGAAACAACAUUUCCAGGCGGAUAGCAAGUCCAAAGUGCCAGAACAGUCUGUUGGCAACAUAAAAGAAGCUCCUUACUUUAAUUCUGUUUUUCCCCCUGAAAGAAACUCAGAGAGAGAUCUUCUUGGUUCUUAUUCUUCAAUUUCAGACUCUGGAAGAAACUCGAAUAGAAAUCUUCAUGGUUCACAUUCUUUAGUUUCAGCCCCAGAAAGAAACUUACAGAAAGAAGUUCUUGGACCACAUUCUUCACAUUUAGCCCCUGAAAGAAACUUAGGUGUUCUUGGCAUGGGUUCUUCUCAGCCUGAAGAGGAAUCAGAAGAAAACAAGGGAUCUAAUCUAUCAGAACUUUUGGAAGAGUGGCUGAAAGGGAAUAAUAAACCAGAUGAACCUGUUAAGUCCCUAAAAACCGGAAAGCCUAAAGGCUUUGUGCUGCCCAGAGGAAUGUCCAAGAACAGUGAUGAAAUGAGGUGGGGUGAGUCUGCAAACUGUGAGCCACCUAUUGAAUCGAUUAAAGAGAGAGCAGUCGAGGAUAAGAAAUCUAAUUUGUCUGAUAUGUUAGAAGAAUGGUUGAAGGAGCAUAAGAAGUGAUGCAAGUACUACAUAUGAAUUUAUGUACUUUUUAGAUUUCUACAUGAGCUAGAGAUGGUAUUUUAUCUGCUGCAUUUCUUAUAAAAAUUAAUGUUUUUGGCUGAAUGUCAUGGGAGACCUCUCAAGCUGUAAAGAGUUUUUGUGAUAUCACUGUGAUAUCAUCUAUUUUUUAAGUUCUGCCAGGGAUACAAGAUUCUUCAGUCUUUUAUUUAGUGCAAUAAAUCCAUGUUUUCUUGACCACUUUUAAAAACUGACGGAGGGAAAUUUCUUGGGCAGUAGUCAAUGUUGUUGUAGGGAAUUUAUAUUGUUAUUACAAGUGUGUGUGUUUUUGCUCACCAUGUAAAGGGGAAGGACACUAAUCUUCAUCACGGUUUUGUGCCUUAAGUAAGAUGUUGUGUACUAAAGAAGAAUUAUUAAAAAAUAAUUUAUUUUGCA